GACACGUCCAGCCAUCAAACAAAACCCACUUUCUCUCGCUGCUGUCUUUCUUUUUGAAGAUAAUGUAUAACUCAUUGGAAUAGCACGAGCCACAGUGCUGCUAUUUUAAUGAACCCAGUUGUAGUUGCUGCGUCACCGCCUCAGCUCGAGACAACACGGGAUAUCUGAUUAGUGUGCGCGGUUUUACUGGGUUGGAUAGAGGGAAUAGAGAAUGACUCACAUUUUGGAAACGGGAUUGCUUUGACUCCAGUGUGGAUUCUGACUGGAUGCAUGUGUGUUUUAAUUAGUGUGUUUUUCCCUUGGUGUUUCUGAUGGUGCAUCACUCAGAGUGGUUCUAUUCUCUGGACCGAGCUAUUUAGAAAUGUUACUUGAAUUUUCUGAGUGGCUAACUAUAUUCAGUGAGAUUUUUUUCCCGCAUUCAUCAGCCACGGGCACUUUACAUACUGUAAUGCUUUAUGCAUCUACAUUACAGAAUAUAAUGUUGCAAUAAUUUAGUAUUUAUAUAUUUGUGCCUUUACUUGACACACGCCGGCAGCGCCUGGGGUAACAACGAAACGUAAAGUGUUGGAAACACUGACGGAUAGAUAUGGCAAUGGUAACCUGGAGAAACCGCAAGGAAGAUGUCGCCGGUGACUCUCAAGGCGGAAUCUCUACCCGGGUCUCUCAAGUCGGGCCGUUAUCCCUCUCUACCGACCUAACGGGACACCUCAAUCCCACAUCGGGACACCUCAAUCCCACAUCCUCUCUGGAUAUCUCCUCAACACCUCAGACACCCCAAUGCGCUCAUUCAAGCAAUACAUCUCAGUCUAUCACUAGCCAAACGUCGACCAACUCCAUGGACAAACAGCAGCCCCAGCAGGUCGGGUGUGUGGUGUGCGGGGAUAAAUCCAGCGGGAAGCACUACGGCCAGUUCACAUGUGAGGGGUGUAAGAGCUUCUUCAAACGGAGCAUCAGACGGAACCUCAGCUACGCCUGCCGCGCCACCAGGAACUGCCCUAUUGAUCAACACCACAGGAAUCAAUGCCAGUACUGCCGCCUCAAGAAAUGUCUCAAAGUGGGAAUGCGGAGAGAAGCGGUUCAGAGAGGGAGGAUGAUCCCUACUCAGCCGUGCCACGGUCAGUUCUCCCUAACCAACGGAGACCCUCUCCAAUGCCACUCCUACCUAUCUGGAUACAUCUCCCUGCUCAUGCGAGCCGAGCCCUACCACACAUCCAGACACGGCACGCAGUGUAUGCAGUCCAACAACCUCAUGGGGAUCGAGAACAUCUGUGAGCUGGCCGCCCGGAUGCUGUUCUCGGCGGUGGAGUGGGCCCGAAACAUCCCCUUCUUCCCCGACCUCCAGAUCACCGACCAGGUCGCCCUGCUCCGGCUCUCUUGGAGCGAGUUGUUCGUGCUGAACGCGGCCCAGUGCUCAAUGCCGGUGCAUGUGGCUCCUCUCCUGGCCGCUGCAGGGCUGCAUGCCUCCCCCAUGUCGGCGGAGAGAGUCGUGGCUUUCAUGGACCAUAUCCGGAUCUUCCAGGAACAGGUGGAGAAGCUGAAGGUUCUGCAUGUCGAUUCAGCCGAGUACAGCUGCAUUAAGGCUAUAGUUCUCUUUACGUCAGAUGCGUACGGUCUGUCAGACGUGACUCACGUGGACGGUCUUCAGGAGAAGUCCCAGUGCGCCCUGGAAGAAUACACCAGGAGCCAGUACCCUAACCAACCGACCCGGUUUGGGAAGCUACUACUCCGUCUGCCCUCUCUACGCACCGUCUCCUCGUCCGUUAUAGAACAGUUAUUCUUCAUCCGGUUGGUCGGAAAAACCCCGAUAGAAACUCUCAUCAGGGAUAUGUUGCUUUCCGGAAGCAGUUUUAAUUGGCCUUACAUGUCAAUGCAGUAGAAUAAGAACAUUCCAGAACACUCCAGGAAUGGAAUCAUAGAACUAGAAUGGUUCUAUGGAUGGAACCUUAGAUGAUGUCAGAGGAACAGGCAGCAUUCUAAAGCAGCGGUUCCCAACCUUUAUUGGUUACUGGACCACCAACUAAAUGUGGCUCUGCCGGGAGUACCAAGUACCCCCUCGUGUGCAUUUUACCAGUAGGCCUAUGGUCUCAUGAGUUUUCCCGAGUACCCCUGGUUGGGAACCAGUGAUCUAAAGCAUGAAAAGAGACUAAUGAAAUGGCGGGGAUCCUCCUCAAAAACCCUGUAUGUAUAUUUAUUGUGUUUGUUAAUGAUGUUGGAUAAACAUUUUUUAGAUUUUUUUUUUUACAAAUGUUUUUCAUUUGAUCCUGGAUAAGAAAAUGACAAGGGAAUUGGUUUAGUUUUUUUCCUACUUCAUCUUUUGUGUCUUUUUGACUAAUAUGCUCCAAACAUGGCACUAAAAACAUGAAUAGUUACUUUAAAUAUUUCUACAAACACAAUAGUCAAUAAACACAGUAGUCCAGGGGUACUCAAAUACUAUUUGAGAAGAUCCAGUCACACAAAUGUCCUUGAUGGCAAAGGUCCAGAUGGAUAUUGUCAUUUAUCGGUGUAACAAACCCCCACCUCUCAACCCAUGCGACCCCAAACUGUUAAACUGUUCACA